GGCGACCGCAAUCCAGAGGCGACAGUCUAUGUAGGCAACCUCGAUGAAAAAGUAACAGACGAACUUCUCUUUGAACUCAUGCUUCAAGCUGGCCCACUCGUCAAUGUCUAUAUCCCAAAAGACCGCGUGAUGGGCAGUCAUGGUGGUUUUGGGUUUUGUGAGUUUCUCACUGCAGGUGAUGCAGAGUAUGCCGUGAAAAUCAUGCAUGGCAUUAAACUCUUUGGGAAACCGAUUCGUGUCAACAAGGCGAGUGCGGAUAAGAAGCAAGAAGGUAUUGCAACGAGUAUUGGCGCUGAGCUGUUUAUUGGCAAUCUCGACCCGCUCGUGGAUGCACGAACGCUACUCGAUACGUUUUCAGCAUUUGGUCAACUGUUGCAACCACCUACUGUGACGCAACAAGCAGAGACUGGGAAACGCUAUGGAUUUGUCACGCUUGCAACGUUUGAUGCUGCUGAUGCAGCCAUUGCAGGGAUGCAUAAUCAAUUUCUAAUGAAUCAGUGUGUCACGGUGCAGUAUGCGUAUAAAGAGAAUGGUACGGCAGGUGGUCAACGGCAUGGCGACAAAGCCGAACGGUUACUGGCAGAGCAGGCAAAGAAGAAUAAUAUUCAAUUGGUGCCUGUAGAGCAGCCAUUGGCGUUACCUGCUGGUUUCACAACAGCUGCGAUGGGUGGGUUUGUACCGCCGCCACCGCCC